UCCUACAACACCAGCUCAUGCCGAGCUCCAAAGUCCGCAGAAGCAUUCACCACCAGCUCCCCUCCCAACUCCAGCUGAUCUCACCCCACCCCACCCAUCCCCAUCAGCCCAUCGCAGAUUCACAUCGCCCGCGUGAUGAUAAGAAUCCUCCUCAGGAUCGGAGUCUAGCCCGAGCCCAAAACCCUAGCAGCGGCCGGAGAGCUCUCCCGAGCCGAGCCCGCCGUGCCGGAAACCAGAUCGCGGCCGGCGAUGGAGAGCCCUGUGAAGGAGGAGGCCGGCGGGGAGCUGGCGAUGGAGAUCGAGUCGUCGGUCACGGUGGAGGACUGGCGCCGGGCGCUCUCCCUCGUCGUGCCGUCCGUCGUCGUCCUGCGCACCACCGCGCCGCGCGCCUUCGAUACCGAGGUCGCGGGCGCCAGCUACGCCACGGGAUUCGUCGUCGACAAGUCCCGUGGCAUCAUCCUCACCAACCGCCACGUCGUCAAGCCCGGGCCUGUGGUCGCGGAGGCGAUGUUCGUGAACAGGGAGGAGAUCCCUGUUUAUCCUCUGUACAGAGAUCCUGUGCCAUCAAGUUCCUUAACUACGAUGAGAUUCCGCUAGCACCUGAAGCAGCAUCUGUCGGCUUAGAAAUCCGGGUUGUCGGCAAUGACAGCGGUGAAAAGGUUUCAAUUUUGGCAGGAACACUUGCUCGCCUUGACAGAGAAGCACCUUACUACAAGAAGGAUGGGUACAAUGAUUUCAAUACAUUCUAUAUGCAGGCUGCAUCUGGCACUAAAGGUGGUUCUAGUGGUUCCCCUGUUGUUGAUUGCCAAGGAAGGGCUGUUGCCCUGAAUGCUGGAAGCAAAUCUUCCAGUGCUUCUGCCUUCUUCCUUCCAUUAGAACGUGUUGUCAGAGCACUGGAUUUGAUACGUGAUAGUUGGGAUGCCUUCGGUAGCAAGCCAGAAUCUGUUUAUAUUCCUCGUGGUACCCUUCAGGUGACCUUUCAACACAAAGGAUUCGAAGAAACUAGACGUCUUGGUCUCCGAAAUGAAACAGAGCAGAUUGUGCGUGCAGUGUCUCCUGCAGGCGAGACUGGAAUGCUGGUUGCUGAUUCUGUGGUGCCUGAAGGGCCUGCACAUAAACAUUUGGAACCUGGUGAUGUUCUAGUUCGUAUUAAUGGGGAGGUUGUAACACAGUUUCUUAGAAUGGAGAAUUUACUUGAUGACAGCGUUGGCAGGGAGAUAGAUUUGGAGAUCGAAAGAGGUGGAGUUCCUUUUACAGUAAAGCUGGAGGUUGAGGAUUUGCACUCUAUAACUCCAAAUCAUUUCUUGGAAGUUAGUGGUGCUGUCAUCCAUCCACUUUCAUACCAGCAGGCUAGAAACUUCCGAUUCAAAUGUGGUCUCGUAUAUGUUGCUGAAGCAGGGUACAUGCUCUCUCGGGCAUCUGUUCCACGUCAUGCCAUUAUUAAAAAGCUUGCAGGAGAGGAUAUUGCGCAUUUAGACGACCUUAUUGCAGUUCUUGCAAAAUUGUCUGGGGGAGCACGAGUGCCUCUAGAGUAUGUAAAGUACACUGACCGUCACCGGAACAAGUCUGUGCUGGUGACAAUUGAUCAGCAUGAAUGGUAUGCACCUCCUCGGUUAUAUACUCGAAAUGAUGCAACUGGCCUGUGGACUGCAAAACCAGCUAUACCACUGGAAUCUCCAUUUAUAGCUUCAGCUUACCAUGCUAGUCAUGUCGAUACAAACUCAAACUCCGUUUCAUCUUUAGCUGAAUCUAGCCCUAUGGAUCUCAAGUGCCAGUAUGAUUCUGAGAAUUUGGCAGAUGGAUGCAUCAAAAUGCAAACUGAUGAUGAGAUUGUUGUAGACGGAUCUCACUCUAGCGAAGAUUCUCUUGUUGAGAAAAAAAGGCGACGUGUGGAUGAGGAGAUAGCUGCAGAGGGAACUUUACCAUCAUUUGGAGAUCUAGAGGAUGUAAAAGGCAGUGCUUUGAGGCAUCCUUCCAAUGCAGAAGGCUCUGACAUUGUUCGAACAAUAUCGAGUAAUGCGUCAUUGGCAGAGCAAGUAAUUGAACCAGCCCUUGUAAUGUUUGAGGUGCAUGUGCCGCCAGUUUGCAUGCUUGAUGGAGUGCACUCCCAACAUUUCUUUGGAACCGGGGUUAUAAUACACCAUUCUGACUGUCUGGGCCUGGUUGCUGUUGAUAGGAAUACAGUUGCUGUAUCCAUCUCCGAUAUAAUGCUUUCUUUUGCUGCAUAUCCUAUUGAGAUACCAGGAGAAGUUGUUUUUCUGCACCCUGUUCACAACUUUGCAUUGGUGGCUUAUGAUCCUUCUGCACUAGGAGCUGGAGCAUCUGUUGUCCGGGCUGCUAAGCUUCUUCCAGAACCUGCUUUGCGUCGAGGAGAUUCUGUCUAUCUAGUUGGGCUAAGCAGAAGCUUACAGGCAACAUCAAGGAAAUCAAUCAUAACUAAUCCUUGCACAGCUGUUAAUAUCGGGUCAGCUGACUGCCCACGAUACCGUGCAAUAAAUAUGGAGGUUAUUGAGCUCGAUACUGAUUUUGGUAGCACAUUUUCGGGUAUAUUGACCGAUGAGCAAGGAAGAGUUCAAGCAUUAUGGGCAAGCUUUUCCACCCAGCUCAAAUAUGGUUGCAGCAGUUCAGAGGACCAUCAGUUUGUUAGAGGUAUACCGAUAUAUGCAAUAAGUCAAGUCCUUGAGAAGAUUAUCUCUGCUUCUCAAGGACCUUUUCGGCUUAUCAAUGGAAUAAGGAGGCCAAUGCCAUUUGUCAGACUUUUGGAGGUGGAACUUUAUCCAACUUUGCUCUCCAAGGCGAGAAGUUAUGGAUUGAGCGACAACUGGGUGCAGGCUCUUGCAAAGAAGGAUCCUGUGCGUAGACAAGUCUUGCGGGUGAAAGGUUGUUUGGCUGGAUCAAAAGCCGAAAAUCUCCUAGAGCAGGGAGAUAUGAUUCUUGCUAUCAAUAAGGAGCCAAUUACAUGCUUCCUUGACAUCGAGAAGGCUUGCCAAGAGUUGGACCAAUCCGUUGGAUCAGAUGGAGUGCUUAACAUGACAAUAUUCCGUCAGGGAAAAGAAAUCGACCUUAUUGUUGGAACUGAUGUAAGAGAUGGCAAUGGUACAACACGAAUGGCUAAUUGGUGUGGAUGCGUUAUCCAGGAUCCUCAUUCAGCCGUGCGUGCACUUGGCUUUCUGCCAGAAGAAGGUCAUGGUGUUUAUGUUGCUAGAUGGUGUCAUGGAAGUCCGGUACAUAGAUAUGGUCUCUAUGCUCUUCAGUGGAUCAUUGAAGUUAACGGGCAACCAACUCCAGAUCUGGAAACAUUUAUACAGGUGGUGAAGGGCUUGGAAGAUGGUGAAUUUGUUAGGGUGAGGACCGUCCAUUUGAAUGGAAAGCCUCGCGUGCUUACUCUGAAACAGGACCUUCACUACUGGCCGACCUGGGAGCUUAGCUUUGAACCUGAAACUGCCACAUGGCGGAGGAGAAUAAUAAAAGCGUUGCAAUCAACUACGGCGUGAUCUAUCCUGUUUUGUUGUGAGCUUUUCAUGCUUUCAGCGGGCCUUCUUUAGAGAAUGUUAAGCAUGGAGGCGAGGAAACUAGAGAUUCAUGCCGUUAUGGUUACCUAAAAUCCUGUCCUAUGCAGGAUUAAGUGGUGGGCAUUAGGAUAGAGCGGGUGCUUGAAUGAUAUACUUUUCAUAGAAAAUAUAUGGAUUCAUCGGUUGUGGAUUAUUGGACCGUGGGAUUUGCCUUUUGUAUAUCAUCUAUUCCUACAUUUUAGUAGUAAUAGUAAGUCAUUAUCUUUCUA